AUCAUGUAAACACUGUCCUUGCUAUAUAAUUAUCAGAGCGAACGGAGCGCGUUCGCGUGUAAUAACUUUCGAUAUAUAUUUUUGGACAUUUUGAUAAAUCAUGUCGGUCAAACAUGCUCUCAGUCGAGGGCUGGAGUUCAGCCGCUCGCUUUUCCAGCUCGGGAUUUUAAAACCUGCGGGGCGAAUCGCAGGAAAGUUCCGAGGUGAGCGCUUGCGGGUGAAUCAACCAGGCCGCAGCGUGCAGCCUCGGACUUUCCUGCCUGCCCGCUACCGGUAUUACCGCACGUCUCUCAGCGGCCUCGCAGCGCAGCUCCAGUCCGCCGGCUUCCGUAGGCUGAUCGGAGGAGGCUCUCCGAGAAACAGAGCCGUGUUUCUGGCUUUCGGUGUCGGUUUAGGUUUGAUCGACCAACAGCUAGACGAGGACCGACGGAGCGCUGCGACAUGUCAAGAAAUUCAGGCACUUUUCACGAAGUCGUCAGUUCAGAGCCCUGUAAAACCAUUCACGUCUGGAUAUAAGCUGGAGGACUACGUGAUUGGGAAGCAGAUAGGAAAAGGCUGCAACGCUGCUGUGUACGAGGCCGCGGCUCCGUUCGCACCCCUCGGGCCAAACAGCAGGUGUUCCUUGGUGGAGCUAAAACAAAACGGAGAAGAAAGUGGUAUCAUGGCACCUCUAAAAUUCCCCGGGGCACACAGCUAUCCCCUGGCUGUGAAAAUGAUGUGGAAUAUUGGGGCAGGUUCUUCUAGCGAGGCGAUUCUCAAUGCCAUGGCCCAAGAGCUGGUUCCUGCAAAUCCUCAGGCUUUGAGGAAAGAAAAAGAACUUGUCCUAAAUGGCCAUUUUGGGGAAGCACCCAAAAGAGUGACUGCCCACCCCAACAUAAUCCAAGUGUACCGAGCCUUCACGGCUGAGGUCCCGCUCCUUCCUGGCGCUUUGAAUGAGUACCCUGCUGCUCUGCCUGCCAGACUCAACCCUGCUGGCCUGGGCAACAACCACACACUCUUUCUAGUCAUGAAGAAUUACCCGUGUACCCUGCAGCAGUACCUGCAGGUUUGUGUACCAGGCUCCAGACAUGGCUCUAUGAUGCUUCUGCAGUUGCUAGAGGGUGUGGAUCACCUGUGCAGGCAGGACAUCGCUCACAGAGACCUUAAAUCUGAUAACAUCCUGCUGGAGUUUGACUCCGCGGACUGCCCCAGGCUGGUCAUCACCGACUUUGGCUGCUGCCUGGCAGAGGAGCGUUUAGGACUGAAACUACCCUUUACCAGCCGUUAUGUGUACCGAGGAGGGAAUUCCUGCCUCAUGGCACCUGAGGUGGCCACAGCCGAAUCCGGGCCUGGUGUGGAGAUCAAUUACAGUAAGGCAGACGCCUGGGCGGUCGGAGCCAUCGGCUAUGAGAUCUUCGGCCAGCCGAAUCCGUUUUACAGCUCCUCAGGUUUAGAAAGCCGCAGCUAUCAGGAGAAACAGCUGCCCCCUCUGGGUGCCAGCGUACCCUCGGAUGUGCAGCUGGUGGUGAGACUGCUUCUACGCAGAAACCCUAAGAAGCGCCCAAGCGCACGUGUCGCCGCCAACAUCCUGCACCUCAGCCUGUGGGGAAAACGUGCUCUUGUCAGCUUGAAACCUGACAGCAUGGGAAAGAUGGCCGACUGGCUGCUGUGUCACUCCGCUGUGGUUCUCCUGAAAGGCAGCAGACGCAACGCCUUAGUCGAGGCCGAGCUCCAGAGAGGAUUUCUCGCCAACCUGGAUCUGGAGGAGCUCCGCAUGGCUGCAGGAUACCUCAUGUAUGGACGUCAGCUGAGCUUCAGCAUCUGAACUUGAACGUCCUGAGUACAGACUGUAGCAUUAACACUGUGGAUGCAAUGCAAUCAGUUAGAUUUGUUUUCCGAUUGUAUAGAAGGAAUAGCACUUUAUGUACAUACUUUUUCGCUUCUAAUAGAUUUGAUGUAAUCUCCAGAUACAGCGUGUGGAAAUACGUAUGGGGCUUCGAUAACUUGAUUGCUACGUAAUUGAAAGAGCGCAUACAUAUAUGUUUCUGUUCAGUGCACAGCGUUGUGUUGAUUACAUCACGUUCAAUAAAUACACUAUCCUAUUAAAACA